CCGGAAGCGGCCGAUGAGCUGCCGAGGGGGCGUUGUCGGAAUGGUUCCGUGGCGACUGGAGAUGUACUGUUGACUCUGAGGGUCUGACGGGGACGAGUAACGAGGAGGCGGCCGGGCGGGAGCGGCCUCCGAGGGUCUCAUGGUCUAGUAUGGACCCUGUUGCUAUUCACAGCUGCCACCUCCUCCAGGAGCUGCGAGAGCAGCGAAUCCAAGGCCUGCUUUGUGAUUGCAUGCUGGUGGUGAGGGGAGUCUGCUUCAAAGCACACAAGAAUGUGCUGGCAGCCUUCAGCCAGUAUUUCAGGAGUCUCUUUCAGAACUCUUCAAGUCAGAAGAAUGAUGUUUUUCACCUGGAUGUUAAAAAUGUCAGCGGCAUAGGUCAGAUCCUGGACUUCAUGUAUACAUCGCACCUCGACCUCAACCAGGACAACAUUCAGGUGAUGCUGGACACAGCACAGUGUCUGCAAGUACAGAAUGUUCUGAAUCUGUGCCACACGUUUCUGAAGUCAGCCUCUGCAGCACAGAUGCCAGGCUUGCCCUGUGCUGGCACCUUCUCCCUGCAGAGUGUGACUCUGGAUGGCAGCUGUGCGGUAAGUGAGCACUACCCUCCCCACUCACUGCAGGAGUGCCCUGUGGAAGGCUCACAUGCUAAAGUUCCGGCUGAACUGAGUCCUCAUGCCCCAUCAGCAGGGUUCAGUCGUCCCGCAGAAGAAGUGUCAAAACCAGCCCUGGAUGCUGUGGGUGGCAGCUGGCCAGAGCCGCCCUGCAAACAGCCCAACUACUAUUACAAACUCAGAACAUUGUACAGCAAGCAGUACUACAAGCAAACUGCCUGCCCCAGCCGGGUGCCUGCCACAGAACAGCCACUCACUGUCGGUGCCUCCACAGACAUUGCUACAGCAGACUCACAGCCUUCUGUGGAGGGCCGUCCAGGGGUCCUGGAAUCUUCUGAGCAAUUGCAUUCCACCUUCCUGGCUCCACCCCUCAGGAACUCUGGCACCGACUCAGAGGCAGAUGCCCUUUGUCAGCCACCUGCCAAGCAGAUGAGGCUGAAGAAGGCCAUGCACCUGAAGAAACUAAACUUUCUCAAGUCACAGCAAUCAGCUGAACGCACUUCGAAUCCCGAGUCAGAUAAUGGGUUAGUCAGGAGGGAGGAAUCUGCUGCUAAGGAAGAUGAGGGUGGUGAGAAAGCCAGAAGCCCAACUCCUGAAGAAAAGGGGAGGGAAGAACUGGGUCCAGAGAGCAGCCAUGAGGUGGAGAUUCCAGGAGCCCCAGCCACAUGGGAAGACCCAUCCCAAGCCCUCCAGUCCCAGAGACAGUAUGCAUGUGAAAUGUGUGGGAAGCCUUUUAAACACCCAAGCAAUCUGGAGCUACACAAACGGUCUCAUACAGGUGAGAAACCUUUUGAAUGUAACAUUUGUGGGAAACACUUCUCUCAGGCAGGCAACCUUCAGACUCACUUACGCCGGCACUCUGGGGAGAAGCCGUACAUCUGUGAAAUCUGUGGAAAGAGGUUUGCAGCCUCUGGUGAUGUCCAGCGCCACAUCAUCAUUCACUCUGGAGAGAAGCCACACUUGUGUGACACAUGCGGCCGAGGGUUCAGCAAUUUCAGCAAUUUGAAGGAGCACAAAAAGACACACACAGCUGAUAAGGUGUUCACUUGUGAUGAGUGUGGGAAGUCCUUCAACAUGCAGAGGAAGCUGGUGAAGCACCGUGUGAGGCACACGGGCGAGCGGCCCUACAGCUGCCCUGCCUGUGGGAAGAGCUUUGGAGGCUCGGGAGACCUGCGCAGGCACGUCCGCACUCACACUGGGGAAAAGCCUUAUAGCUGUGAGAUCUGCAGCAAGUGCUUCACACGCUCUGCAGUGCUGCGGCGGCACAAGAAGAUGCAUGGCAGAGCUGAUGCCAGGAGCCCAGCUGUGCUGGAUGAGCUGAGCCAGACCAUCGAGACCUCUGACCUGGAUAGGUCUCAGAGCUCUGACUCCUUCUCCCAGGAUGUGUCUGUCACACUGCCUGUGUCUGUCAAGCUCCCAGUGCACCCAGUGGAAAGUUCUGUGGCAGCAUUUGAAGGUCACUGUACUGGCUCCUACUGUAAACUACGCUCCAUGUUCCACCCUCCUAGCAUGAGUGACCAGGACAAACUGGGCCUGGAUCCUGCUAAGCUGACCAAGCCCCAGGAGCUGCAGAGCCAGCCACAUACCUAUGCUUACUCAGAUGCGGACACCUCAGCAGCUGCUGAGCAGUCACAGGCUGAUGGCAUGGCUGUGACCCGUUCUUCCUUGGCCACCCUGGACAACCACUGCCCAGAGCCACUGGGCAGCCGGGCACCUUCGGUGACGUACAGAAACUCUGAGGGACAGUUUUUCUCUAGUAUGACUCUCUGGGGGCUGGCAAUGAAGACCCUGCAGAAUGAACAUGAGCUAGAGCAGUGAUGUGCCAUCUCAUAACACUGAGGAAGCACCCUGCCUGCCCAGGCGGCUCCCCUCCAGCUCUGGAGAAUGGGUAAAUGAUUACCCUAUCAGAGGUUGCUGGAGCUCAAACCAUUGGCCCAGGAGUUGGGAGAAAUGCCUGCUUGUUCCCUGCUGGCCCCAGGGAGGCAGAUAGAGUGGGGCAGUCUCCACAGCAGCCUAGGCCCUAGAGUUUGAAAACAUCUGAUGUACAUGAGUGUGGCAAUGUACCUCGCAUCAGCCACUGUACAUUUUGCUCCUGUUAAAUGUCGUAUGUAUACAUAAAAAUAUAGAUUUUAUUUUUACAUUUUUAUAAGAGAAAUUUUUAGCAUCUUCUAUUUUUAAAUAUUUAUAUAGAUUCUAUUUGUAUAUGGAACUUGUAAUAUAAUUUGAAUAAAUGAGCUUGCUUUUCUAUAUAAUGUUUUAUAUUUUGUAAUUUUUCCCAGGACUUUAUUUUUUUAAUGUAGGGUCUUACGUGUAGCCCUAACUAACCUCAUACUGUCUAAGUAGACCAGACUGACCUUGAACUCGCAGAGAUCCACCUGUGUCUGCCUCUCAAGUGCUGGAAUUAAAGAUAUGUGCCAUGAU